AUGCGGUCGAACAAGGGCGAAAAAACCCUGGCUGAAAUAAUGAAGAAUGAGGCAAUUCUCCACAAAAGAGGCAAAGAGAGUAAACCGAGUGUGUACUUGCUACGAAAUUAUCCUGUACUCCACAAUAGCACCCUGGGUGUAGCCAAGUACUGUAUAGGGCCUGAACACCUUCGGAACAAAUAUGACGAAAAGGUGCUUUUGGUUGUUGGGGAGACUGGAGCAGGAAAGACAACGAUGAUAAACGGGCUGGUCAACUAUGUCUAUGGGGUCCGCUGGGAGGAUGAUUUUCGGUUCAAGGUCGUCAGAGAAGCGGGAGACGUUAAUAGGGAGGACGGAAUCCACAGUCAGACGAAAUGGGUGUCUGCUUAUUCCUUCCUCUGGCAGGAGGGCAUGAGAAUCCCAUACACUCUCACCGUUAUCGACACGCCUGGACUGGGGGACACGGAGGGUUUGCAGAAAGACGAGGAACUUGUGGUCAAGAUGAAGGAGUUUUUGGAGCUAUGUGCACCUGAUAUGGAUUUCAUCAAUGCUGUGGGGUUUGUGUUGCAAGCCUCCACAAGCAGACUCACGGCCACGCAGAAGUACAUAUUUCUUGCAAUCUCCCAACUAUUUGGGAUCGACACCAAGGACAAGUUCGUGCUGUUGAUAAGCUUUAGUGAUGGACAGGAGGCGCCAGUCAUCCAGACAGUCGAAGGUGCCGGGUUUUCCUACAACAAGGACUACUACUUCAAUAACUCUGCCUUGUUCGCAUCUAACAACUGGGAACCGCAAAACAUGUUCUGGGAUUUGGGGUUGAAAAGCAACGAGAUAUUCCUGAAUUCCUUGGGUAAAACAUCUCCUGUGGGUCUGGCGCAAACAAAAAUUGUGCUCGCUAAAAGGCAAGACCUGAAUGAGACAUUGAAAGAAUUGCAGAAAAUGAUCCCUGAAGUUUCGUCUAAAAUCAUUCAUCUUGAAGACAAAUGCUUACUACUUAAGAAUAACUUGUCCACAGAAGUACUAAAAAUUCCUUUGGAGAAAGAAAAUGCCAUAAACUGUUCUAAAUGCAAACAUACCACGUGCGAGUAUCCGGCUACGAUCUCAAAACUCACGGACGUGAAGGAAAGCAAAUGCAUGAAAUCCGAGGAUAAGUCGUUUCACUGCAAAAAAUGUGGAUGCUCUUGGAGAAACCAUCGACUAGAACCUAAAAGAUACGAAAUGAAAGCUACACCAAAGAGGAAGCGAAGGAAGGAUUCAGUCAAAGACGACGAGGAACGAAGGCAAAGGCGUGAUCUCCAGCGGCUUAUUAACGAAAUUCAGAAGAACCAGGUGGAAUUGCUCUCUCUAAUCCAACGGGCUCACCACGCUACUAACGAACUCAGGAAGAUAGCCCUCAAUCCGGACCCGAUGCCCAUGGAGGAAUACAUUAACUUCCUCAUUGACCUGGAGAAGAAAGAGCACAAAGAGGGGUUCUCAAUGCGAAUCCAACGACUAGAGCAGGUAAAGCAGGCGUGCGAUGUUUGUAAGAAGAUGCUCGAGGAGGAAAAUAUUUCCGCUGAUUUUCCAGACGUAAUGCAUAUCCUAGAAAAGCAAGGAAUAGACUUUGAGAGCCUGACAAACGAUUCCACCGACACAGAACCGGAAGCCGAAGCACCAUGGAAUAUAGUUGACACCUUCAAGAUGCAUCAUGGAUUCAUUGUGAAUCUUGUAAAUGCCCACUGUGGUUCGCGCGUCCACGUCGUGAAGAUGGGCCUCAGUAAUUCGGAAGGCUGUAUUUUCACAGAUCCUGCCAUGAUGCAGGAACUUCCCCCAAGAGUUAUGAAUCCAAGUGAAACCAUGUAUGUUCGGCCUUCGAUGCUAUUGAAAACCAUCUGCAAGAGAUGUUCAAAGUUAAAUGGACAUGGUUCAUAUCUCCCUGUCAGCCUGAAAGACCCGCACGAGACACCCUCCGAGAACAUGUCCUGGCUACAUCCCUAUUCCAAAGAUCAGGUCAUGAACUUCCAGGACGAUGUAACAAGUGGGGCCCAUGAAAUGAGGGUGGAGGAUUGUGCGAGGCUGGAUCCAUUCGCCACAUUGGGUUGUAGUGAACUGACAGCAAUUCUCUGA